AUGACUACUCCGACGGGUUUCUCAGCAGAUACAAGUAAUGAUAGCACCAAAACAGACGGUUCCCACCAGGAACGUCCCUUGAGAGAGCUGAUUGAUUUUGGUAGGAUAUUUAGGUCGGUUUCUGGAAAACAAGAUCAUCAAACCAAGCUGCCAAACCAAAAACACAAUCAAAGAGCAAACAUUAUUCGUUCAGAUGAAUCACCAAAAGUUAUCUCCAAUCCUUAUUCUUUUGAUUAUUUCAAUGCGGACCCUCGUGAGUCAAGGUACCAAUCUGACGAGGAAGAGGCUUUGUCGAGUGCACUAUACAAUUCAGACGAGGAGGAGGAAGAAGAAGAAGAAGAGGAAGAAGAGGAGGAAGAAGAAGAGGAGGAAGAAGAAGAGGAAGAAGAGAAGGAACGGCAACAAAGACAGAAACAACAAAGUUUUGAGCCACUUGAGACUGAAGAUGUCCCACCUGAGACUGAAGAUAUCCCACCUGAGACUGAAGAUGUCACAAAGAAUAAGAAGCAGGAGCAAUUUCAAGAGCAGAAACAAUACUCAGAACCCUCGUCUCCUAAAACACGAGUUCCAUUUACCCACUCACAAACAUUUAGUAGCUUUCUACCUUCAAUGUUCAGCAAUAGGUCUGUUAAUGCUCCAGAGGGAACAGACGAGGAUACCUCGCCUAUGUAUAACCAGUAUUUUCAACAACCUUUUCCCGAAGACGCCAAUAAUAGGCCCGAGUCUAAUAGAUCAGAGUCAAAUCGACACCAACGGAUUAAAAAUAAACUAAAGUUUUUGAGAAGAAAGCCCAAGGAGAAGAGGAAAUCAGAUGUACCAGAAGCGGCUGACAAUUUUUCCGACGAUGCAGACAAAGCCACUAGAGAACGCGCCCUGAAACUAAUCACUGAUCUUGCAAUGGGGGGCCCUGCUAUAAGCUUGAUUGGGAUGUGUUUACUAGAGGACGAGAGAGGUAUCGCAAGAGCCCCGCUCUUGUUGACAAUGUUGGGAUUUCUGAUUUAUGACAUUUCUCAAAAUGAGUACACUAGAAACAGGAGAUUUCGCAUUAAUUUAGAAUAUGGCGUUGGGAUUGAAAGAAUGACUUGGAGCAUCGAAAGAAAUGCAAGUGACUUGUUUUACUUGCAUUCAAAAUUGAAAUACGAAACGUGGAAGAAGGAUAUCAGAGGUAACAAAGUUUCCCUCCCUAAAUUACCAAUACCUCCACUCAAGAAGAAAGAAAAAAGCAAAACGAACAAAUUCAAAAAUUUGAUGGGCGAUACUCAAUCGCAAAACCAACUGCAGUUACAGCAUAAUGAUAAUGCAUCAAUUGGCUCAAUCAGGUCUGGGUUAUCAAGAGUAAGGCUGCGAUUUGGUAGUAUUACAUCCCUAAUGUCUCCAGAAAGGGAAACAAAAGCAAUGGAGCACAGAGUUCAUAGAAAUGCUACAUAUAUCAAAGAUGUAGAGGAAUACUUACAUAAUCUCAUAGAUUUGAUUGAUUUAUCACCACAAUCAAACUACCUUUUCGUGUUUUUUGAAAUAUCCCCACUUUCUGCAUUGUUGAGCUAUGAAUCAGGGUAUCAAGGCAAACAGGGUCCGAUUCAUGUAAGCGGUACUACUAAGUCCCAAGGUUGGAGAGUGGGUCAUUUCAAAGCCAACGAUCUCAAAGGAAUGUACGAUAGACGUAUUGACAAAUGGAUGCUUACUAGACAUAGCUAUCUCAUGUACGUGUCCGACAUCAACUCAACAACACCUUUGGAAGUAUUUUUAGCUGAUCCAGGCUUCAAAAUCACAACAAAGCAUAACAAUGAGCGAAUUGAAGAAGAUAUUGACGGGUACGAUGCCAGUUCAGUUAAUCAAAAGAAACUUGCUGAUAUUCAAGAGAAGGAGCACUCAAAGAUUUUUCCUCAUUUGAAAAUCACCUUGGAAAAUAAUGAGAGGAAGCUUGUUAUUAACCCAAAGUCUGCAAAGGACCACGCCUCGUGGGUGGAGUCUUUCAAACGAAUGCAACAUGAUACUAUUUGGAGUCAGCCACACAGAUUCGACUCUUUUGCACCUGUUCGUGAUAAUUGCUUUGCUCGAUGGUUUGUUGAUGGAAGGGAUUAUUUCUGGGCUGUAUCGUCAGCUAUAGAAAUGGCAAAGCAAACUAUUUUCAUUCACGACUGGAUGCUUACUCCUGAACUAUAUUUGAGACGUCCGGCCAAUGGAAAUCAACAAUACCGUAUUGACAGACUUCUUCAAAGAAAAGCCAAAGAAGGAGUCAAGGUAUACGUUAUUAUUUAUCGUAAUGUUGGUACUACUGUUGCGACAGACUCAUUAUACACAAAACAUUCUAUUUUAUCUUUGAAUGAAGAAAACAUUCAUGUUAUCCGCUCACCAAAUCAACUUUUGCAAAAUACUUAUUUUUGGGCACAUCAUGAAAAACUUUGUAUUGUGGACCAGACGUAUGCAUUUUUAGGCGGUAUUGACUUGUGCUAUGGAAGGUAUGAUACAGCAGAUCAUACAUUGAAUGAUGAUUCGCCAUUUAAUUUUGAAACUAUUAAACCCGAUGAUAGAAUGACUUUUGAAGAUUUCGUUAAUUUUCAAGUUUUCAUGGGAAAAGAUUAUUCAAACCCAAGGGUCAAAGACUUUGUUGAUCUUGAUAAACCUUAUAACUCAAUGUACAAUAGGAACACAACGCCCAGAAUGCCAUGGCAUGAUAUCCACAUGCUCUCGUAUGGAAAAAUUGCUAGAGAUUUAUCUAGGCACUUUGUUCAAAGAUGGAAUUAUUUGAUAAGACAGAAGCGUCCAAGUCGAUUUACUCCGUUAUUGUUACCACCUUCUGACUUCCUUGACGAAGAAGCAGAAGCACACGGAUACGAAGGAAGCUGUAGAAUUCAAUUAUUGAGAUCUGCAGGAAACUGGUCCCUAGGCUUGAAGGAGCAUGAGCAAAGUAUUCAAAAUGCGUACCUCAAGUUGAUUGAAAGUUCGGAACAUUUUGUGUAUAUUGAAAAUCAAUUUUUCAUUACUUCAUGUGUUGUUGAUGGAAUCGAGAUAAAAAAUAGGAUUGGAGAUGCUUUGGUGGACAGAAUAAUUCGAGCACAUAGAGAAGGAACCAAUUGGAAGGCAGUCAUUGUGAUUCCUUUGAUGCCGGGAUUUGAGGCGCAAGUCGAUCAAGCGGAAGGGUCAUCUGUCAGAGUGAUUAUGCAGUGUCAGUACAUGUCCAUCUCACAAGGUGAAACUUCUAUUUUUGCAAAAUUGAGAAGUGCGGGAGUCAACCCAGAAGACUAUAUUCAAUUUUUUUCAUUAAGGAAAUGGGGUAAAAUUGGUCCAAAGCGAACUUUAAUUACUGAACAAUUGUACGUUCAUGCAAAAUGUAUGAUUGUGGAUGAUAGAUCAGUCAUUAUUGGAAGUGCAAAUAUCAAUGAGAGAUCAAUGAGAGGAGUUCGUGAUUCUGAAGUUGCUGCAUGCAUUCAAGAUCAACGAUUUAUCGAUACAACUAUGGGUGGAAAGCCGUACAAAGCAGGAGAGUUUGCACACACCUUGAGAAUUAGGUUAAUGAGAGAGCACCUAGGUAUAGCCGUUGAUAUCUUGGACGUAGUUGAGAGACGUUUUAAACGGUUUGAAGAAGCUGUUAAAACCGAGCAAGGUUUGAGAUUUGCCACGUCUAGGUUCAGAAAUAAAGAGUUUCAACAGCUAUCGGCAAUGGUUGAGAUUGCUAGCCGGGACGUGUUGAACGAACACGAGGGAACUCGAAGAUGGCGCAAUUGCAAAAUAUCUAGACUUGACGAGGAAAUAGCAGACAUUGAUUACACAGAAGAACAAUCUUCGUUGCCACCACCAUUGUUUUUGCCCAUAUGUUUCAAUAACCGUACAGGUCCAUAUGAAGCCAAUAAGGGUGUGCGUGACAGGAAAAAGCACUCUUAUGACAAUAGGGUUCAGCACAAUGCAGAACAUAAGAAAGAUGUUUUUGGAAAGGGAGUUGACAAGUACCGUUCCAAAUUAGCUCUCCGAGCAAGGAGAACAAGCAAAGAAUUUCUAGGCAAUUUGGCCAUGACAGGAAUGGAAGGGAUUAGCCCGCAGACAUCUUUUAUGCCUGAUGUUGAGAGUGUUCGAGAUUUUCUAGAGCAAGAUGAUGCAGAAAUGUUUGAUGAAAUGGAUGACGAGUCAGAGAGAAUUAUCAAUGAGAGAAACCAAGAGAGGUGGUUAUUGUUAAAAAAGAUAUCCUACUUGCAAAGAGUUGCAGCCAAAGAAGAAAAGUUUGCUGAAGCUGAGAAUAAGAGGCUUGCCGAAGCUGGCAUGCAACCACAGCAGCCUAGAAGAGCUUCCACGGAUGAGCAAGCACCUUCAGCACCUGCGGCAGCAGAGGGCACAAAUACAAGUGACGGCUUGAGUUCCAAUUAUGCAAACAACAACAACAACAACAACAACAACAAAAAAUAUCCUACAAUAUCGUUGGACGAUGCCGGGGUCAAAGAAAUUCUUGAUGGAUUGAAAUUACCCGAGACCAAGAAUAGUACUUAUGUUGAUCCCUAUGACUUUGAAGAUCCAAUCGAUCCAGUGUUUUAUGAGUAUAUUUGGAAUGAGUACGCGAAAAGAAAUACUGAAAUUUUUCGUAUGGUAUUCCAUUCUCAACCAGAUGACGUUGUUGGCAGAUGGACGGAAUAUACUCAUUUCACAAAGUUACAAAGUACAUUUAUGAAAGCUCAAGAAGCUGAAUCGAAUAGAAAAACUCUGACUCAAUCGAGAGACGAGGAAGAUGGCGAAGAAAAAGAAGAAGAAAAAGGAGAAGAAAAAGGAGAAGAAAAAGGAGAAGAAAAAGGAGAAAGGGAAGUAAAUGAUAUCAAUAAUGUAGGGGAGGAUGAAUCAAAGGAGACAAGAAUGGAGGAGAAGGAGAAGGAGAAGGAGAAGGAGAAGGAGAAGGAGAGGGAUAAAAAAUUGUAUUCUGCUAAUGGGCAAAAGCAGGAAAUUCAGAGUGACGAUACAACCAACGAACAAGACUUUGGAUUAUUGGGAAGAGUUCCACCCACUAAAGAGGAAAGAGAAAAUGCAGAAAAUGCCGGAAAGAAGAGAAAUAGAUUGGCGCGUCGUAUGAGUGCAAUGGCGGGUAGUAUAGAACAUAAAAUCGACGAGAGAUUAGUAGAACAUUUUGAAGCUGGAGACCAAAACAUGAGGAACAAUUGUACAGAAAAUCAUGUUGAAAGAAAUGGGGAUGCUCACAAGGGUAAACUUCAAUCAAAUGGCAAAGUUCAAGAAGAAAAUCAAAGGGUGGUAGAUGAUACAAAAGAACACAAUGGUACUUUAAAACCUCAGCGAUCUUAUGCGAUAACCAAAGUCUCGUCGCCUCCAAAAAAUACUUAUACUUCUUCUCCAUUGGGUUCAAAUGGAAGCUCUACACUUCGUGGAGAGUCACAUGCGGACAGUCGUGGUACCAGUGAAGAGCAACAACAAUACGCGCCGCCAGUUAUCAGGAAAAAUAGAGUUGGAAAUCAUAUUACCCGUAGAAGAAUUCAAACUGGUGAAGCCAUAUACGAUAAGGCAACCGCUGAGAAAUUUUUGAAUGCAAUACAGGGCCAUCUAGUGUAUUUCCCUAUCGAAUGGUUAAGUACAGAGUUGAACAAUAACAAUUGGUUUUAUAACACCGAUAGAUUACCACCUAUGGAAAUUUAUGACUAA